AUGCGAGGAAAAAUCAAUUUAUUAAGAAUAAAUGUUUUUACAUUCGUGAUCUUAUUUCUAAGUGCGAUAGCGAUUUCAAUUCCUCUCUCGAAGGAUGAUGAUUGUUUUAUACCCGAUCUAGUUAUUUUUGGUGAUUCGAUUUCGGAUAAUGGAAAUGUAUGGAGAGCAACUAAUAAAACUAUCCCUUCCCCAAAAUAUUAUUUUCAAGGAAGGUUCACUAAUGGUCGUGUUUGGAUAGAGGAUCUGGAUUACAUGUUACAUGCGAACUUAACUGACUUGGCUUACGGGGGCGCGGUCACUAAUAAUAGCAUUUACGAAAAAGUUUAUUCUUUUGCUACCAACAGCACUCUUAAUUUUACUGACCAAAUCCCCUCUAUUGACGAGCAAGUGCUAAGCCUUUUACCAAAUUUAUCGAAUUAUCCUCCCGAAACGAUAUAUGUUAUUUGGACUGGAAGCAAUGACCUUCAGAGAAUUUUCGAUUUCAGUCUCAAUGUUACGAAUGCGGAGAUCGUGUCUUCUAUCAGCAAUUCCAUUUCUCUUCUCGCAUCCAAAGGGGCACAAAGAUUUUUAAUAAUAACUGUUCCCGCUAUCCAAUACACACCUAUUUACAAUAAAUUUACCAACAAUAAUACCAUUUUCCGAGAUUUGAUCGAAAAUUAUAAUGUUUUGUUGAAUGGCACCAUGUCGGAGUUGGCUCAAUCGAAUUCAAAUAUUAUCAUCAAAGUAUUUGAUUCUUACGGAGGUUUAGAAAACAUCGUAAAGGAUCCUCAGGGCGCCGGAUUCAAGAAUGUCGUGGAUUAUUGCGUGAAUACUACGAAUGAUGUGGGAAAAAGAGGUUUAGAUAAUAUUCAAACUUAUUUGCUUAGAAAAGAUCAUCUUGAAGAUGAUAAGGAUGAUUGUGUUGUACCCGAUUUAGUUUUGUUUGGCGAUUCGCUUUCGGACAAUGGAAAUAUAUUUAAGGCAACUAAUGAUACUGUACCUCCUCCAUCAUUUUAUUAUAAUGGAAGGUUCUCUAAUGGUCGUGUUUGGAUAGAGGAUCUGGAUUACAUGUUACAUGCGAAUUUAACUGACUGGGCUUUCGGAGGAGCGGUCACUAAUAAUACCUUUUACGAAAAAAGGAUUUUCGAUUACAAGCUCAAUGUCACGCAUGCGGAGGUCGUCUCUACUGUUAUCAAGUCCAUUUCUCUUCUCGCAUCCAAGGGAGCUCGAAACUUUCUAGUAUUAAAUGUUCCCCCUAUCCAAUUAACUCCCGCUUACAACAAAUUCGACAAUCGCACCGUCAUACAAAAGUUGGUUGAAGGUUAUAAUCUUUUGUUAAAUAGUACCUUGUCGACGUUAGCCAAAUCGAAUCCAAAUGUCAGUAUCAAUUUAUUCGAUUCUUACGGACUUUUGGAAACAACUGUUAAAAAUUAUAAAAGCUUUGGAUUUAAGAAUAUCGUUGAUCAUUGCUUGAAUGCUACGAGCAGUACGGGAAAAAGAGGUUUAGAAGAUGUUCAAAAUUAUUUCCGUGAAAAAAGAGAUUUAGAAGAAGUUCAAAAUUAUCUCCGUGAAAAGAGAGCUUCUAAACCUAAGAAGAAAACCAAGAAACCUAAGCAUAAAAGCAAAAAACACAAGAAUAAAAAAGACGAUGACGAUGAUUAUGUUACAAAAGAGGAAUUGGCCUUCCAUUCGCCAGGUGCUUGUGAAAAUCCUGAUGAAUAUUUAUAUUGGGACAAUGUGCAUCCAACCAGAAAAGCACAUAGAAUAUUAGCGGCAAAAAUAGAAGAAUACAUAUGUGGUCUGAAGGGAUGGAAGCGUUAA